CGAGCCUAACGUCCCCGAGUGGCAGGAGGUGCGCGAGGUGCUCAUUUGCAUAACGGCCGCCCCUAGCUUUCCUCGCGCCGGCCGCCCAACUUGAAAUCUGUUGGGCCACAGGCCAGUCACUCCGACCCAGGCAAGCCUGUGGCGGGGCAGGAAGAGUUUGUGCGGGCGGUCCCGAGAGAGGAUUGGCUCUGGGAGUUUCCAGAAGGCGGCAGGGAGGCGGCUAUAAGAGCGAGGAGCCCAGCGGGGGUAGCGUGAAUACGCUGGUCGCGUUCGCGGUGUCUGGUGUGCAGCGGCCGUUAGUUGACACUGCAGCUCUUCCUCGCCCUAGCUUUCUCCUGUAACUUCGCCUGCCUGCCUUUCAGUCAAGAUGUCUGCCCGCGGCCCGGCUAUUGGCAUCGACCUGGGCACCACCUACUCGUGCGUGGGGGUCUUCCAACACGGCAAAGUCGAGAUCAUUGCCAACGACCAGGGCAACCGCACCACCCCUAGCUACGUGGCCUUCACUGACACUGAGCGCCUCAUUGGCGACGCCGCCAAGAACCAGGUGGCCAUGAACCCCACCAACACCAUCUUCGACGCCAAAAGGCUGAUCGGGCGCAAGUUCGAGGACGCCACUGUGCAGUCGGACAUGAAACACUGGCCGUUCCGGGUGGUUAGUGAGGGAGGGAAGCCCAAAGUGCAGGUGGAGUACAAGGGCGAAAUGAAGACCUUCUUCCCGGAGGAGAUCUCCUCCAUGGUCCUCACAAAGAUGAAGGAAAUCGCUGAAGCCUACUUGGGGGGCAAGGUGCAGAGUGCAGUCAUUACCGUGCCGGCCUAUUUCAAUGACUCGCAGCGCCAGGCCACCAAGGACGCUGGCACCAUCACGGGCCUCAAUGUGCUGCGCAUCAUCAACGAGCCCACGGCGGCGGCCAUCGCCUACGGCCUGGACAAGAAGGGCUGCGCGGGCGGGGAGAAGAACGUGCUCAUCUUUGACCUGGGCGGCGGCACCUUCGACGUGUCCAUCCUGACCAUUGAGGACGGCAUCUUCGAGGUGAAGUCCACGGCCGGCGACACCCAUCUGGGCGGCGAGGACUUCGACAACCGCAUGGUGAGCCACCUGGCGGAGGAGUUCAAGCGCAAGCACAAGAAGGACAUUGGGCCCAACAAGCGGGCCGUGCGGCGGCUGCGCACCGCUUGCGAGCGCGCCAAGCGCACCCUGAGCUCGUCGACGCAGGCCAGCAUCGAGAUUGACUCGCUCUACGAGGGCGUGGACUUCUACACAUCCAUCACCCGCGCUCGCUUCGAGGAGCUCAACGCCGACCUCUUCCGCGGGACCCUGGAGCCGGUGGAGAAGGCGCUGCGCGACGCCAAGCUGGACAAGGGCCAGAUACAAGAGAUCGUGCUGGUGGGCGGCUCUACCCGCAUCCCCAAGAUCCAGAAGCUGUUGCAAGAUUUCUUCAACGGCAAGGAGCUGAACAAGAGCAUCAACCCCGACGAGGCGGUGGCUUACGGCGCCGCGGUGCAGGCGGCCAUCCUCAUCGGGGACAAGUCGGAGAACGUGCAAGACCUGCUGCUGCUCGACGUGACCCCGUUGUCGCUGGGCAUCGAGACGGCCGGCGGCGUCAUGACUCCACUCAUCAAGAGGAACACCACCAUCCCCACCAAGCAGACGCAGACCUUCACGACCUACUCGGACAACCAGAGCAGCGUGCUGGUGCAGGUGUACGAGGGCGAACGGGCCAUGACCAAGGACAAUAACCUGUUGGGCAAGUUCGACCUGACCGGGAUUCCACCCGCGCCCCGCGGGGUCCCCCAGAUCGAGGUCACCUUCGACAUCGACGCCAAUGGCAUCCUCAACGUCACCGCCGCCGACAAGAGCACCGGUAAGGAAAACAAAAUCACCAUCACCAACGACAAGGGUCGUCUGAGCAAGGAUGACAUUGACCGGAUGGUGCAGGAGGCGGAGAGGUACAAGUCGGAAGAUGAGGCCAAUCGCGACCGGGUUGCUGCCAAAAACGCGGUGGAGUCCUACACCUACAAUAUCAAGCAGACGGUGGAAGACGAAAAACUGAGGGGCAAGAUGAGCGAGCAGGACAAAAACAAGAUCCUCGACAAGUGUCAAGAGGUGAUCAGCUGGCUCGACCGAAACCAGAUGGCAGAGAAAGAUGAGUAUGAACACAAGCAGAAAGAGCUCGAGAGAGUGUGCAACCCCGUCAUCAGCAAACUCUACCAAGGCGGCCCUGGCGGCGGCGGGUCCGGAGCCUCCGGGGGACCGACCAUCGAGGAAGUGGACUAAACUCACACUCGAGUCCGCGUAAACCUCUUUUCUUUACUCUCUUUUUUUCUUUUGUUUUUGUUUCUUCUUUGAAAUGUCAUUGUGCCAAGUAGGAGAUCUAUUGUUGGAAGUCUUUAGCCCAGUGUAUGCAUAUAAAAGGAAAGGUGCAACAACUUAGUUUAAUUAUAAAAGGUUAGUUCUAAAGUUGGAUUUUUAAAAUCACUCUUUGAGGUUUCUCUUUAAUGCAUUUUGUGUGUUUGCUGACUUGAGCAUUUUUGGUUAGCUUAGUGUGUGCAUGGAGAUUUGUUUGAGAUGAGAAACUUGAUGCUUGCACACCUGUCCUAUGGAAGAUUAGGGCCAUAAAAAGUAUAGAAGCUUGAAUUGUUUUAUUUUUCCGUAGUACGUUAAGUGAACAUUGCAGUAAUGUUAAGGACAGGCAUACUUUUUGCAAAUAAAUUGAUAAAUACAAACUUAAAGUAAAGCUGUAAU